ACCUCUGUUCUGCAGUUGCGCUGCCAUUUGUGUCUUUGCGGCUCUCUCCUGUGCUGUGUGACUCUAUUGGAUGAUGAUGUUGUGUUGGGCUUGUGGACCCUCCUGGGAUUGUGCAUGGUCCCUGGCAACGCACCACCGCACUGUGCCAACAGAUGGCGUGCUACCACGACACUGCAUCUGCAUCACAUGGCCUCUCUGUACUGCACUGCAUUGUUGUAGUGGGCAUCUGCACUGCAUCGGGUAUGGCCGGGCACAGCCUGUCUGCAGUCCACCGUCAUGCUGUACAAACACAGUGCCCCUUUGCCCGGCACAGCACUUCUGUCCCACUGCUUCACUGCACUGCACUGGAGAUGCGCAUCUCCUGGCCCAGCCCGUCAUACUGUACCACUGCCGCCGUAACGCCGCCCUCUAGGUUAUCUCACCCUGUAUAGCCACUGAGGUGUCAGCUGGUGUCCUUCCCCAGGUUUCUGUUGGCAGCCCCAGUUGAGCAACAUCUUUGCUUCAGGUGGCCUCACUGCAGUGUUCCUCUGGCCCCCACUGCUCACUGCCCGAGGAGUCAGGAGCUACACUGCAUCUUGAGGCCAUUUUGUUGGGCUCGGGACUGGCGUGGGUUUUUGCAGGCAUUACCUUUGCAAGUAGCCGGUGUUGCGUCUGUGCACUGCACACGGUCACUGUCCUGGGCCUCUACCCUGCACUGUACCUGUUCGCUGUUGGGUUGUGUGCGUUCUACUGGAUUUCAAGAUGCAGAGCUCUGGCACUGAAUUCCCUGUUCCACAUGGUGUCUUUACUACAUUCCAUUUUGGUGCCACUUUCUACCCCUGCUCUCAAGUCUACACUUACUGUACUCCUUGGGACUGUAUCGAGCACCCAGCAGUUCCUUCUGCACUGCACCACGUCUUUCUCUUCCCUCUAUCUCUGCAUGUUGUGCACGCCUCCACUAGACAUCCUUUCAGUGAGAAUUCAUGGAGCGCCAACUAUGUGCCAAGCCUAGUGAGGCUUGGACAUACCCCCUUGGUGUUCCCGCGUACACCUAUCCCUUGGUGCUGAGCACGAGCCCAAUGUACCACCAGGCGCUCACUGCUGCACCGUGCCUCUGUGCAGCUCUGGGUCAUGGCCACGAUGCAUGGGGCACCUCUCCACUGCAUCAUGGCACCGACCAGUGCUGCUGAGCUGUGCCAGGUGUUGUGUGGGUGUUUGUGUACACUUCUCCGCUUCCCUGCGUUGUAUAACUGCGUUCCGCCUCUGUACAGUGGAGCUGCUGCAUUGCACCCGCAACACGCCACACCGCAGCCACGUAGCCCUCUCUUGCCACGGGACCGUUAGAAAGUCCAGAUCUUUGCACUGUACGUGUUCGUGCACAGCCCUCUGCCUCUCUACGCUGCACUGUGCUUUUAUAUGACACACGGUGUCUGCACUACAGGGGUCUGUGUACCCUUUGCCCGCUGUACCUCUGCAAAGAACAACCCUCCAUUCAGCCCUUUGCCUCAGAAUGGAGUCUGGCCCCACCCUGUGCCUUCCCCUUACACUACCAACAUGGCAGCCCUGCUGUUAACUUUGGGAUUUGCUGGGCAUAUUGAUCCGGGAGAUGGGGAGUGAGCCUGGCCGAAGUUUCCCCUGCUGUAGUUGGCUUCCUUCUACUCUCAGUAGAGAUGGAAGGAUGUUGGCAUCGCUGGGUUCUGUAUUGGCUCCUGUAGGGGAUAUCAGCUCAGCUUUCUCCCCCUGUGGCCUGGCCCUGGGUGUUCUUCUUGGUUGCAGCUCUGCUGAAUGCCGGGUGAUUAAAAGGUGGGCAUAUUGCUGCCAGCCCUGCCCUUGUUAAUUGCGCAUCAAUUAUUCAGGGCUCUGGAGGGCAGCUCCGGGGAGCCCUAGCCAAGGUCUGGUUGUGUUGAUCUGGGCCAGGAGAGCAGUGAAGUGGGCUGGGCCAGGUCUCUGGGCUGGAGUCAUGGUCCUUGAGCCUGGAUCAGACUAGCUGGGAUCAUGGGGUCGGUAAGUCCAGCCACGGUUGGCAUUCUACUAUACACAGGGCUUGGGGAUGGGGCUCAGAGGCAUAAGAGACAGUCUCUGAUCUCAAGAAGGGAGGAGGUAGGGGUUAGACAGGCCUGAGACGGAGCUGUUGUUGCGGUGGAGAACAUGGGAUGGGGCUGGGUUGGGCAGGAAUGUCCAAGGGUGAGCCUGUGUUGGUUCCAGGGUUGGGUUGGGCUACCUAGAAAGGGGGUGUGGCUUCAGACGGUGAAACAGACCAACGUUAUCCUUGGGGUUGUAUUUGGGUUCCCCAGGCGAGGCUUGGGGCUAUGCCAGGGGUUGGGUAUGAUGCCGGCCCCUAAAUUUGAAACCUGUUGGGAGGAGUUUUGUUUCUCCUGGGGCCAUCCCUUGGGAACUGAAUGUUCUAUUGACAAACCAAAGGGAACAAAAAUCUCAUUGCAAACAGCCUCUGUUUACCUAGGGUCUUCGGAAAACACCGAUGGCGGCUGGCAGCCACAUUUGGCACAGAACUCCAUUCCCUGUCUGGUGGCGAGGAAGUCUGGUGCUUCCAUGCUUGUGGUGCCCACGUGCACAUGCGCGCACACACACACACUCACGCACGCACGACUCCCCUCCACCUGCCGUGUACACUCACCUCCCCCUUAGGCACAUGCUUACUGCUGAACGUGCCCAUAUAUCUCUGCAGAUAAACGUACAGACACACACCCACAACUUCACAGCACAGUGCCUGAGGGACCUACACUUUGAGAGCGACACUCACCCGCACCUCUCCCCCACAGUAUCUCUCUCUGCCUUCAAGUUAUUCUUGCCCACAGGCAUGCUCACACAAAUGGAAUCAGAAUUCUAGAGGUGGAACAGCCUUCGAGGUCACCGAGGUCGCCAUUCUCAUUUCACAGAUCAGACCCUGCCGUCUAGAGAAGACACCUGCCCUCCUCAUGGCUUAUAGGAUGUGUCACUUGUCUCAUCUGAAUCCAGCCGGCUGCACCUUCGAGGAGGCGAGUGACCCAGCAGUGCCCUGUGAGUACAGCCAGGCCCAGUACGACGACUUCCAGUGGGAGCAAGUGAGGAUCCACCCUGGCACCCGGGCUCCUGCGGACCUGCCCCAUGGCUCCUAUUUGAUGGUCAAUGCUUCCCAGCAUGCUCCAGGCCAACGGGCCCAUGUCAUCUUCCAGAGUCUGAGUGAGAAUGACACCCACUGUGUGCAGUUCAGCUACUUCCUGUACAGCCGGGAUGGGCACAGCCCGGGCACUUUGGGCAUCUAUGUGCGUGUCAAUGGGGGUCCCCUGGGCAGUGCCGUCUGGAAUAUGACUGGAUCCCACGGCCGCCAGUGGCACCAGGCUGAGCUGGCUGUCAGCACAUUCUGGCCCAAUGAAUAUCAGGUGCUGUUUGAGGCCCUCAUCUCCUCAGACCGCAGGGGCUACAUGGGCCUAGAUGACAUCCUGCUUCUCAGCUACCCCUGCGCAAGGGCCCCGCACUUCUCCCGCCUGGGCGACGUGGAGGUCAACGCGGGCCAGAACGCCUCGUUCCAGUGCAUGGCUGCUGGCAGAGCAGCGGAGGCCGAGCGCUUCCUUCUGCAGCGACAGAGCGGGGCACUGGUGCCCGCGGCCGGCGUGAGGCACAUCAGCCACCGGCGCUUCCUGGCCACCUUCCCGCUGGCCGCCGUGCGCCGCGCGGAGCAGGACCUGUACCGCUGCGUGUCCCAGGCCCCGCGUGGCGUGGGCGUCUCCAACUUCGCAGAGCUGAUCGUCAAAGAGCCCCCUACCCCCAUUGCGCCCCCGCAGCUGCUGCGCGCUGGUCCCACCUACCUCAUCAUCCAGCUCAACACCAACUCAAUCAUUGGCGACGGGCCGAUCGUGCGUAAGGAGAUUGAGUACCGCAUGGCGCGCGGCCCGUGGGCGGAGGUGCACGCGGUCAGCCUGCAGACCUACAAGCUGUGGCACCUCGACCCCGACACGGAGUACGAGAUCAGCGUCCUGCUCACGCGCCCCGGUGACGGCGGCACCGGCCGCCCUGGGCCGCCCCUCGUCAGCCGCACCAAGUGCGCAGAGCCCAUGAGGGCCCCCAAAGGCCUGGCUUUUGCUGAGAUCCAGGCCCGCCAGCUGACCCUGCAGUGGGAACCACUGGGCUACAACGUGACACGUUGCCACACCUACACUGUGUCCCUGUGCUAUCACUACACCCUGGGCAGCAGCCACAACCAGACCAUCCGGGAGUGUGUGAAGAUAGAGCCGGGUGUCAGCCGCUACACCAUCAAGAACCUACUGCCCUACCGGAAUGUCCACGUGCGGCUCGUCCUCACUAACCCCGAGGGGCGCAAGGAGGGCAAGGAGGUCACGUUCCAGACGGACGAGGAUGUGCCUGGCGGGAUUGCGGCUGAGUCCCUGACCUUCACUCCGCUGGAGGACAUGAUCUUCCUCAAGUGGGAGGAGCCCCAGGAACCCAAUGGCCUCAUCACUCAGUAUGAGAUCAGCUACCAGAGCAUCGAGUCGUCAGACCCGGCGGUGAAUGUGCCGGGCCCACGGCGUACCAUCUCCAAGCUCCGCAAUGAGACCUACCAUGUCUUCUCCAACCUGCACCCGGGCACCACCUACCUGUUCUCCGUGCGGGCCCGCACGGGCAAAGGCUUUGGCCAGGCAGCGCUCACCGAGAUCACCACCAACAUCUCAGCUCCCAGCUUUGAUUAUGCCGACAUGCCGUCGCCGCUGGGCGAGUCUGAGAACACCAUCACCGUGCUGCUGAGGCCGGCGCAGGGCCGCGGGGCGCCCAUCAGUGUGUACCAGGUUAUUGUGGAGGAGGAGCGGCCGCGGAGACUCCGGCGGGAGCCAGGCGGCCAGGACUGCUUCCCAGUGCCGCUGACCUUCGAUGCGGCGCUGGCCCGAGGCCUGGUGCACUACUUCGGGGCCGAACUGGCGGCCAGCAGUCUGCCUGAGGCCAUGCCCUUCACCGUGGGUGACAACAAUACCUAUCGUGGCUUCUGGAACCCACCGCUUGAGCCCAGGAAGGCCUACCUCAUCUACUUCCAGGCAACAAGCCACCUGAAGGGGGAGACCCGGCUGAAUUGCAUCCGCAUUGCCAGGAAAGCUGCCUGCAAGGAAAGCAAACAGCCCCUGGAGGUGUCCCAGAGGUCGGAGGAGAUGGGGCUCAUCCUGGGCAUCUGUGCAGGGGGACUUGCCGUCCUCAUCCUCCUCCUGGGGGCCAUUAUUAUUAUCAUCCGAAAGGGGAAACCAGUGAACAUGACCAAGGCCACGGUCAACUACCGCCAGGAGAAGACCCACAUGAUGAGUGCCGUGGACCAGAGCUUCACGGACCAGAGCACCUUGCAGGAAGAUGAGCGCCUGGGCCUCUCCUUCAUGGACGGCCAUGGCUACAGCCCCCGGGGAGACCAGCGCAGUGGUGGGGUCACUGAGGCCAGCAGCCUCCUGGGGGGCUCACCGCGGCGUCCGUGUGGCCGGAAGGGCUCCCCGUACCACACGGGACAGCUGCAUCCCGCGGUGCGUGUGGCCGACCUCUUGCAGCACAUCAACCAGAUGAAGACGGCCGAGGGCUAUGGCUUCAAGCAGGAGUAUGAGAGCUUUUUUGAAGGCUGGGAUGCUACAAAGAAGAAAGACAAGGUCAAAGGCGGCCGGCAGGAGCCCAUGCCUGCCUACGAUCGGCACCGAGUGAAACUGCACCCGAUGCUGGGAGACCCUGAUGCCGACUACAUUAAUGCCAACUACAUAGACGGUUACCACAGGUCAAACCACUUCAUAGCCACUCAAGGGCCGAAGCCCGAGAUGGUCUACGACUUCUGGCGCAUGGUGUGGCAGGAGCACUGUUCCAGCAUUGUCAUGAUCACCAAGCUGGUGGAGGUGGGCAGGGUGAAAUGCUCGCGGUACUGGCCAGAGGACUCGGACAUGUACGGGGACAUCAAGAUCACGCUGGUGAAGACGGAGAUCCUAGCGGAGUAUGUCGUGCGCAGCUUUGCCCUGGAGCGGAGAGGCUACUCUGCCCGCCACGAGGUCCGCCAGUUCCACUUCACAGCGUGGCCGGAGCACGGCGUCCCCUACCACGCCACGGGGCUGCUGGCCUUCAUCCGGCGCGUGAAGGCCUCCACGCCCCCUGAUGCUGGGCCCAUUGUCAUCCACUGCAGUGCGGGCACUGGCCGCACAGGUUGCUACAUUGUUCUGGAUGUGAUGCUGGACAUGGCGGAGUGUGAGGGCGUCGUGGACAUUUACAACUGCGUGAAGACCCUCUGCUCCCGGCGCGUCAACAUGAUCCAGACUGAGGAACAGUACAUCUUUAUCCAUGAUGCAAUCCUGGAGGCCUGCCUGUGUGGGGAGACCACCAUCCCUGUCAGCGAAUUCAAGGCCACCUACAAGGAGAUGAUCCGCAUUGACCCUCAGAGUAAUUCCUCCCAGCUUCGGGAGGAGUUCCAGACGCUGAACUCGGUCACGCCGCCGCUGGACGUGGAGGAGUGCAGCAUUGCCCUGCUGCCCCGGAACCGGGACAAGAACCGCAGCAUGGACGUCCUGCCGCCUGACCGCUGCCUGCCCUUCCUCAUCUCCACCGACGGGGACCCCAACAACUACAUCAACGCAGCCCUGACGGACAGCUACACGCGGAGCGCAGCCUUCAUCGUGACCCUGCACCCGCUGCAGAGCACCACGCCCGACUUCUGGCGGCUGGUCUACGACUACGGGUGCACCUCCGUCGUCAUGCUCAACCAACUGCACCAGUCCAACUCCGCCUGGCCAUGCCUGCAGUACUGGCCUGAGCCGGGCCGGCAGCAGUAUGGCCUCAUGGAGGUGGAGUUCAUGUCAGGCACAGUGGACGAGGACUUGGUGACCCGCGUUUUCCGGGUGCAGAACAUCUCUCGGCUGCAGGAGGGGCACCUGCUGGUGCGACACUUCCAGUUCCUGCGCUGGUCUGCGUACCGGGACACGCCGGACUCCAAGAAGGCCUUCCUGCACCUGUUGGCCGAGGUGGACAAGUGGCAGGCAGAGAGCGGGGACGGGCGCACCGUCGUGCACUGCCUCAAUGGGGGCGGCCGCAGCGGCACCUUCUGCGCCUGCGCCACGGUCCUGGAGAUGAUCCGCUGCCACAACCUGGUAGACGUUUUCUUUGCUGCCAAAAUGCUUAGAAACUACAAACCCAAUAUGGUGGAGACCCUGGAUCAGUACCACUUCUGCUAUGACGUGGCCCUGGAGUACCUGGAGGGACUGGAGUCAAGAUAGCAGGGGCCCCUGGCCUGGGGCACCCACUGCGCACUCAGGGCCAGGCCCACCAUCCCGGACUGACGAGGAAGACCCGCGCCCCCAGCUCUGCUCAGCUGCAGCCCUCACAGGGAAAUCACCGGAGUGGGCGCUGGGCCAUCCUGGUGCCCCCUUCCACUGUGGGCAGGGCCUUUCAGCACCUCCGUGGGCAGGCUGCGGGCCAAGGAGGAGCUUAGCAAGACUGCAGCCCAGCCCACCUCCGCGGGGUCCUGCAGGCCUGCUGAGAGGCCUGGCGCUGCCCGGCAGAGUGACGGGCUCAGAACUGCCGGCUCUGGGAGACCCAGGCCCAAGCCCCUGGAUUGCAUCCCAGCCCUUGGCAGAGAUGAGUGAGGCCCUGUAGAGCAAGUGCCAGGCCAGGAUUUCCACCCAGCUUGGCUGGACAUGGGUAGAGAGUGCACUGGGGCUUGGCAUCUAGCAUCCCAUCUGGCCCAGCCCCUGAGGGUCCUGGGGAGACUGAACUCUGCCCUCAUUUGCCAGUGGGCACUUCAGACUCGUCCUCCCAGGGGGAACUUCAGCUCCCUCCUCUACCCGCUGCCUCCCUGCAGCCCCGGGGAUAUUUUGCUCAUGAUCCCCACCCCCCACCCUCCAUUUCUGCUUCCCUGAAUGUGCUCUGAGCUUCCCGGAACCAGGAUCUGCCCACCCCUACCCUGUCCCGUGUGGGGUCCCUUCCCUGCUUGACCCAAUGUCUGCAGAAUGAAGUCACCUCAGCCCCCACUGCCUAUAACUUUCAGGCCUCACUGGCUGGGUCCUGCUCAGCCUGGGUCAGUGACAAUCUGCAAGGCUGAAUGACAGCCCCUGGGGUUGAGGUCCCUGUGGCUUCUGGUGAGGCUGGCCACUGGGACGCUAUUAAAUCAGGGGUGCUCAGCACCCCUAGAGUUUGGAGAAAGAAGGUAUAUUUUGGGAUGGAGGAUCUAUGCUUUUUUUGUUUAUUUUUUAAUGGGGGUGUGGGAAGGUCUCUUUAAAAUGGGGCAAGCCACCCCCCCAUUCCGUGCCUCAAUUUCCCCAUCUGUAAACUGUAGAUAUGACUACUGACCUACCUCGCAGGGGGCUGUGGGGAGGCAUAAGCUGAUGUUUGUAAAGCGCUUUGUAAAUAAACGUACUCUCUGA